CCCAAAGUGAUAAUAGCUAUUAUUUUUGGAGUAAUGUCUGGUAUCAUUGGAACUGUCCUCUUCAUUGCCUUCUGCGUCAGGCUCCUGAUAAAGAAAAGUUCAUUUGAUGUACCAAACAACAAAGAUGUUUCUUUAGGUUCUAUGGAAGCAGGAAGAACAGUAAAAAUGGAAGGGGAAACCAAAGCCAAACCCACCGUCGAGCUGGUUCUGAUCCGUAGUUACUUUUCAGUGCGUUUCCGAGGCUGUGCCUGGUUAUGGGAAGAGACUGCCCUACUUUCCUCUUAG